UUCACCCUGGAUGGAAGGGAAUGAAUCCUUGUGGCACGCAGAGCUGGCAGGAGCCCAGGUCAGCUCUGCGGAGGGGGCUGCCAAGGAGGAGCCGAAGAGGAGGUCGGCCAGGUUGUCAGCCAAACCUGCUCCUGCAAAAGUGGAAGCGAAGCCCAAAAAGGUGGCAGGAAAGGAUAAGUCUGCGGACAAAAAAGUGCAAACAAAAGGGAAAAGGGGAGCAAAGGGAAAGCAGGCAGAAGUGGCUGACCAGGAACCUAAACAAGAUCUACCUGCGGAAAACGGAGAAACUAAAAACGAGGAGAGGCCAACCUCAGAUGAAGCAGGAGAAAAAGCCAAGUCUGAUUAAUGUCAUGUACCAUGUCUUAUCAGUGGUCCCUGUCUCCCUUCUUGUACAAUCCAGAGGAAUAUUUUUAUCAACUAUUUUGUAAAUGCAAGUUUUUUAGUAGUUCUAGAAACAUUUUUAAGAAGGAGGGAAUUCCACCUCAUCCCAUUGUUUUAAGUGUAAAUGCUUUUUUUUAAGAGGUGAAAUCAUUUGCUGGUUGUUUAUUUUUUGGUACAACCAGAAAAUAGUGGGAUAUUGUAUAUGGGAGACUUUGAUUGUCUUGGGUGUCAGCUUAACAUUCCAUAGA